CCCAUGAUUCCCGUACCAAUGGGUAUUAUGGCUCCUGCUCCAACGGUCUUAGUUCCUACCACAGUGUCCAUGGUUGGAAAGCACUUGGGAGCCAGAAAAGAGCACCCUGGUCUAAAGAAUAAAGAAAAUGAUGAAAACAGCGGUCCCACUACCACUGUCUUUGUGGGCAACAUUUCCGAGAAGGCAUCAGAUAUGCUUAUAAGACAGCUCCUAGCUAAAUGUGGCUUGGUUUUGAGUUGGAAGAGAGUGCAAGGGGCAUCUGGAAAACUUCAAGCUUUUGGGUUUUGUGAAUACAAAGAACCAGAAUCCACUCUACGAGCACUGAGACUACUCCAUGACCUCCAGAUUGGAGAGAAGAAGCUGCUAGUUAAAGUUGAUGCCAAGACAAAAGCUCAGCUAGAUGAAUGGAAAGCAAAGAAAAGGGCUUCCAAUGGGGUAGGUAUGCAAUGUGAGACCUGCACUAUGUAAUGAGGGGCGGGGACAGGGUUAUCUAGGCCUGGAAGCCAGGGCUCUUGGUUUCUAUUCCUAUCUCAGCUCUUAACUCACUCCAUGACUUUGGUGAGACUGUGGCUCCUAAAUCCCAUUUGAGAGUUUGUGGGGCUGGGGAGCCUAAUUUACUUAAGCAUUUUUGAGAAUUUUACCCUUAGGGCUUGUCUGCACUUAAAUUCGCAUAUUUAACCAAUGGAAACACCUGUUUUUCAGUUUAGCUUGCCUUUGUACAUUUACUGAGGCAUGCUAAACCAAUAUAAGCUAGGUUUAAAUUGAUUUAAGGGUGUCUGCAUGCAAAGUUGCACCAAUUGAACUAAAUCUGUUCAAAAUCACAGCUUUAAAUUGAUGCAUCACCGUGUAUCAGCCAGGCCUGAAUCUCUGAUUCUCAGUUUAUAUCCAUUCUAAAGAGGAGUAAUACAUAUUAUACUGUACCUUACUGUUCUGAAACUUAAUGUUUAAUUAGAGAUUUGAGACGUCUUUUAAAAAGUGACCUAUAGAAAUGUAUUGUUUGUUACAAAAUCCGUGAGCCAGUUGAGGGACCUGAAUUAAGUUUCUCUUGCAGCCUUCACAAUAGUUUAAAACUCAUGCAAGACAGAAAAGUAGAUUUAUUUCUUUGCUGUUAUAAGGCAGUGAACAGAUCACAAGCAGAUGUAACAUUAA